ACCAUUGGAUCCCCAACUAGCAAUUGAGCUGAUGCUAUCAGUUCUGUCGACACCUGGGUUCUAGUAAAGUGUCUAACCAAACUGAAGAAUCUGUUAUCUGUAUUUGAAACUUACUUUCUUUGAAGAAUGAAAUUUGAAAACAAAAACAAAAUGUCUGCUUGGAAAUAUUGCGUACCAUUUAUUGUCUUGAUGUUUGAUGUGGUGGAAUGCGAGACAGACCUGGAAUACCAACACAGAGCCAUACACAUGUUAGAUGAAACAAUCUACAAGAGACAACAACCUAUACGUUCUAUAGACAGUUACACGUGUAACAAUGGUACUAAUAUCUCAUUUGAUUUGACUUGUAAUGGCAAAAAGGACUGCGCCGAAGGCGAGGAUGAAUACCCUUGUAUUGGUUGCAAUGAUAGUGAAUACAAAUGCCCCUUUAAGUUUUGCAAUGCACCUCCCAUAAGGUGUAAUGGAGAAGCAGAGUGUUUAGAUCGACAGGAUGAAUCCAACUGCUCAACCUGUGUCAGUGACGCAUUCCAUUGUCGUAUCACGGGUACUCAAUGUGUAUUAAAAAAGCAUGUAUGUGACGGAUUAACAGAUUGUUUUAACAUGGAGGAUGAAAAAAACUGUACAACCUGUGUCGGUGACGCAUUCCAUUGCCCUAUCACGGGUACUCAAUGUGUAUCAAAAGAUCGUGUAUGUGACAGCAUAAAACAUUGUUCUUUCAACGAGGAUGAACAGAACUGUACAAGUUGUCAGCCUUACGCUUUUAAUUGCCGCCAAGAAAGAACAUGUAUUGGGCUACACCAGAAAUGUGACGGCACUGAUAACUGUAAGGAUGGAUCCGACGAACAGAAUUGUUCUAUAAGUUCUGAAGAAAGUUACACGUGUCACAAUGGCACUAAUAUCUCAUUUGAUUUGACUUGUAAUGGCAAAAGGGACUGCGCCGGCGGUGAGGACGAAUACCGUUGUAAAGGUUGUAAUGAUAAUGAAUACAAAUGCCCCUUUAAGUUUUGCAAAGCACCUCCCAUAAGGUGUAAUGGAAAUGUUGAGUGUUUAGAUCUACUGGAUGAAUCCAACUGCUCAACCUGUGUCGGUGACGCAUUCCAUUGUCGUAUCACGGGUACUCAAUGUGUAUCAAAAGAGCUUGUAUGUGACAGCAUAAAACAUUGUUCUUACAAUGAGGAUGAACAAAACUGUACAUGGUGUCAGCCUUACGCUUUUAAUUGCCGCCAAGAAAGAACAUGUAUUGGGCUAUAUAAGAAAUGUGACGGCAUUCGGAACUGUAAGGAUGGAUCCGACGAACGGAAUUGUUCUAUAAGUUCUAAAGAAAGUUACACGUGUAACAAUGGCACUAAUAUCUCAUUUGAUUUGGCUUGUAAUGGCAAAAGAGACUGCGCCGAAGGCGAGGACGAAUACCCUUGUAAAGGUUGUAAUGAUAAUGAAUACAAGUGCCCCUUUAAGUUUUGCAAAGCACCUCCCAUAAGGUGUAAUGGAAAUGUUGAGUGUUUAGAUCUACUGGAUGAAUCCAACUGCUCAACCUGUGUCAGUGACGCAUUCCAUUGUCGUAUCACGGGUACUCAAUGUGUUUCAAACGAGCUUGUAUGUGACGGCAAAAAACAUUGUUCUCACUACGAGGAUGAAAGGAACUGUACAAGUUGUAAGCCUUACGCUUUUAAUUGCCGCCGAGAUAGAAAAUGUAUUGGGCUACACAAGAAAUGUGACGGCAUUUCGAACUGUAUGGAUGGAUCCGACGAACAGAAUUGUUCAAAAUGUGCAUUCAGAUGUAGCGACGGUGGAUGCAUCACAGAGAAAUUAAAAUGCAAUGGCAAGAAAGAGUGCAAAGAUGGGACCGACGAACUGUUCUGUUAUAAUUGUAACGACGCUUUUCCCUGUGGUAACGGAAAAUGCAUUCCAUUUCAUUUGAAUUGUGAUGGCCAUGUGGACUGCGAUAAGGGACAAGAUGAAAAAUAUUGUGUCGGAUGUAAUGAAACCGAAUUUAAAUGCAACUCUAGAGUUUGCUUUAGACCUCCAAUACGAUGUAAUGGAUAUGACGAUUGUUCGGAUUCGUCAGAUGAAAUAAACUGCACUAAAUGCCAUAAAGACGCAUUCGACUGCAGAAAUGGAAACUGUAUAGCGAGUUACAAAAGAUGCGACGGAAUGAUUCAAUGUACAGACGAAUCUGACGAAAAGAAUUGUAAAAAGUGUAAUCAUGGUGCCUUCCAUUGUGAUGGCAAUAAAUGCAUCGAAAAACUUUUGACGUGCAAUGGCAGGAAAGAUUGUGCUGAUGAGUCCGACGAAAAAAACUGUUCAAGCUGUAAUGAUGCUUUCGACUGCGGUAGAGGUGGUAAAUGCAUAAAAAAGGAAUUGGUAUGUAAUGGCUUGAAUGAUUGCGACGGAGGAUCCGAUGAAAAAAACUGCAGUAGUUGUAGUAGUCACAAUAAUGCCUUUUAUUGUGGUAACAAUUAUUGCCUCGACGGUAAGUUGAGAUGUAACGGCGUGGACAAUUGCAAUAAAGGCCGUGAUGAGGUGAAUUGCUCCUUCUGUAAUGGCGAUGCUUUCUUCUGUGGUGACGGUCAAUGCAUAAAAAAGCAAUUAAGAUGUGACAAAGUAGAUCACUGCCGUAACAAAGAAGAUGAAAAAUAUUGUGCCCCUUGUAAAUCUCGUCAUUUCCACUGUGGUGACAAGCAAUGCGUCAAAAUAGAAUUAAAAUGUAACGGCAAAAACGACUGCCGUAACGGCAAUGAUGAAAAAAGUUGUGGUCGUUGUUCAACCAGAGCUUUCGAAUGCACUGACGGUCCAUGCAUCAGAGCUAAUCAGAGAUGUGACGGCGUCCCAGACUGCGACACCGCAGAAGAUGAAAUGUAUUGUCAAAAAUGCAACCGUGGCGCUUUCCACUGUGGGAGUAUACCUCUUUGUGUUCCUAAGAAAAAAAAAUGUGACAACUACAAUGACUGUGGAAACCGUCACGAUGAAAUCGAUUGUCCGUCGAAAAAAUGCAAGGGGAUUGGAUUUUGCUACCUACCCGCCUGGAUCGUACAGGGAUCACUCGAGUCGGAUUAGCCACACUACGUUGUCUCGCGUGACUACAGAGGCACAUCUUCACAAUAUAUGUGUAUUAAUGUUUAUCACAUAUUCACAUUCUAUGUGUAUUAAUGUAUAUCGUAUCUUCACAUUCUAUGUGUAUUAAUGUAAAUCACAUCUUCACAUUCUAUGUGUUAAUGUAUAUCACAUCUUCACAUUCUAUGUGGAUUAAUGUAUAUCACAUCUUCACAUUCUAUGUAUUAAUGUAUAUCACAUCUUCACAUUCUAUGUGUAUGUCAAAAGGAAAAAAAAGUAAUCUACCAGUAGACUGAGAUCAGUCUCUACGAUGCGCGAACAGUUUUUAUUUAAAAUUAUCCUUUUACUGAAGCCAAUUAACAAACGUUAUACUUUAAUCCUAUUUCCAUUUGUUCAUAGCAUGUAAUUCGUUUUCUUUAUGGGGAUUUUUGGUUUAUUUAAGUUAGUUUGUCUAUUUAUUUUUUUUGCUCGCUUGUGGUACAAUUUCUCCCCUGUGCAUGUAACAAAUACCUUUUAAUAAUUGUUUUGUUUUAAUUAUUGAGUCCUACUUUUUAAUAAUUACACAUUAAAACCAUGCUUUCUGUUUUCAAUUGACAAUAAAGUUGGCGUCAACAU